AGAUCAAAAUAAAGAAGGCAUAAAAACGUACAAGAUGGCCGCCCUUGCCGUACACCGAUGCAACACAGUCGCACGUGCCGUGGGCAAGUGGUAUGUGUCCGCACCGAACUCCACCACCACCAACACGCUGCUAUCGCUGUCCGUACGCAGCAUCACGACCACUGGCAAAGGCACCACCGGAGGCAGCAACAACAACAAACAGCUGUCCGCGGCCGACGUGAAGAAGAUCCCCGACAGCGAGGUCAAAAAAUCCGUCUUCAUCUCCCAGUCCAACGAUGUGUUCACGAACCUCGCCCUCGAGGACUGGAUCUACCGCAAUUUUGACUUUACCCAUCACCACAUCCUGAUGCUGUGGAUCAACAAGCCGACGGUGGUCGUGGGACGCCACCAGAACCCCUUCGCCGAGACGAACGUGUCCCAGCUGAUGCGCAACGAGGUCGAGCUGGCCCGGCGUAACAGCGGCGGCGGAGCGGUCUUCCACGACCUGGGAAAUCUGAACUGUACCUUCUUCGUGCCGCGGGCUCGCUACGAUCGGAAGUACAAUCUGAACCUGAUCACGCGGGCGCUGUACCGCGAGUACGCCAUCAACGCGGACAUUUCCGACCGGGACGACAUCACCGUGAUGGGCAAGAAGAUUUCUGGUACUGCGGCGAAACUGGGUCAACCGAAUGCCUAUCAUCACUGCACUCUGCUGGUCAACUCGAACAAAUUGCACCUGGGGGAGUCACUGGCCAAGGAUGAAGCCGAAAUCAUCAGCAAGGCCACCGCUUCGGUGCCAUCGCCGAUUAAAAACCUGUCCGACGUGAACCGCGCCGUCAACAUCCAGCAGCUCUUAUCAGCCAUUGGAUACGAGUUCCUGCGGACGCCGGCCACCCAGCUGACCGACGGCGGACGUGACCUGCUGAUGAAGCAGCUCGGCUUCCAGCUGAUCAACCCCACCGAGAAGUGGUUCCCGGGGCUGAACGAGCUGCGCGAGAACUUUGCCUCGUGGGACUGGCGGUUCGGCAAGACGCCCAAAUUUUCCGUGCAGAAGAGCAUCCAGCUCAAGGGGCAGGACGUUCAGCAACCUGACCUGAAGAUCCGGGUCGACGUGGAGAAGGGUCUGAUGCAGGAGAUUAGCUUGAUCGUGCCGGGGCAGGAGCCAAUUCCGGUGGUUUCGAACAUGGUCGGCCAGCCGUACCUGGAGGACUGCUUCAACGGGAUCCUGGAGGCGAUGAAGGGCGCCAGCACGGAGAACAUGAAGCACGCGAUGGGCUUAUGAGGGCUGGGCACCACGCGGAACAACAACACCAACGGCGAGGAGUAGCGUGGAGGAAAAAACAAGUGCAAUGAUUCAUCCAAAUUCCAGCAGACUGUCGCGGGCCGACUGGUGGGGUGGCCUUCGCCGGGUUCACGCGCCCGACCGCCGUCUUCAUUUGCAAGUUAGAUGCGUUUGAAGGCGCGAUCGCUUUUGCCAUUUUUUCUUGUUCUGUUUUUACUUUAUUUUGUUUAGGUAGCGUAAGGAAGUUUCCCGAAAGGUGCGUAACGGCCUUUCUUGUAGCUUUUGUGCUGAGAAUUCACCACUGUCGAAACUGAUAUCGAACACGAGCACUUUCGAAACGAUUUCCCAUUUUGCUUUUUAGUUAUUUUUGUUCGUUUUUGCAACAAAAGACUGACGCCCAAAAUUUUGUAUGUAAUUAUUUCGCCAACUCAAACAUUUCGGUCUAAAACUCAAAAAACACACACACAAACCUCUCCCUCCUUAGAACGGAACGGAAAACGUACUACUUGUUGACUAACUAAAAAGCUAAAAACAUCACCAAAAUCAUGCUAAAAGUAGUUUAAAAAUUGUGAUACUUUCGAGAGCACACACCGACUUUCAACCCAAGACAGUUCGUAUCGAAGAAAGUUGGGAGUUGCGAACUUUAUUCUUUCGGUUUCAAUUUAAUUUAGUUGUCAUUUUUGCUGUAAUCAAGCAGGUAGCGAACCCAUGGGAUGUGUAUUUCGUUCAAAUUAGGGUUUAAUCUUUUGCGUUUUCUCUUGUUUUAGUGAGUGGACGACUCUUCUUAGCUUGUAAUAACUAUUAAAAAUCUACGAUUGUUUGUUUAAACUUUCUCUUCUUUUCCUUAUUUCAAUCAAGCUGAAAGAAGCAGAUUAAUCAAGAAUACAAAUCAUAUCAUUUAUUUUUAGGACGGGUUUUUGUUUGAAACGCAUCUUUCCCCCCGCUUGAGCUUGAGUUUACAACACCACACACAGAUAAUUUUGACAAAAAAAAAACAAAUCCCACAGCAAAAACAGUGUAGCAACUGUAGCACUUUGAGUGGGAGAGUCUUAGAAUUUCACUUUACUAACGUACUUUAGUUUGUUAAGCAAAGAAUUAAAAA